AAGUGAGCACCUCCUGCGAUUCUGUACUUUUCACUAUGAUGGAAAUGUGAGAUACUUCGCGUGAGACUACUCGAUGAGGAGGUCUGUUACGUAAUACUUGCACCAUAUACACGAGGAAGCCAUUCCUGAUCGCCAGUGUAUACGUGCACUAGCUGUCCGCAUUCUCCACUGGGCCAGCACGAAACGCGAUCGAGUGGUCCUGCCCGUGAGCAAUCUCCUAACUCAUCUCUACUACUCCAUGUCUAUGGUCUCGAGAUUCUGUUGAGUGACGUCACUAAUGUCAGUGACAUCCGGCAGCGAAAACUCGAACUACGGCGUUAAUUUUGGAAUCCUUGUGGUCCUGAACAGAAAUAAACUUCGCUUCUAUUCAAGCCCAAAUUCACCGCUGAUAUUUCGCACGAAUCGCACGAAGAAAAAAAAUGAACGUAACGACGCCGGAAGCUGUUCCCUGGCGUGUGGUUAUGAAUGUUCAAGCAAUGUGAUAUUAUUUAUAAUAAUGAGUAUUGUCACUCCCAGCUUACUAGUACGGUUCGAACUAUCGUAAACUUGAAGCGUUUAAGAUAUAGUUGACGAUUUUGACUAAUUUCAGUCAUGAAGUUGGUGAAACCAAACUGGGUGACGCAUGAUGAUAAUCCGAUAUUUUCUGUGGACAUCCACCCCGAUGGAAAGAGAUUUGCAACGGGUGGGCAAGGUGGAGAUUCAGGGAGGGUAGUGAUAUGGAACAUGGAACCCGUUUGCAAUGAGUGUGCCGAGUUGGAUCAAAAUGUCCCCAAGAUGCUUUGUCAAUUGGAUAAUCAUUUAGCUUGUGUCAACUGUGUUCGAUGGAGCAGCAAUGGAUUAUUAGCUUCAGGAGGUGACGACAAGUUAAUCAUGAUAUGGAGGCUGUCGGGAGCCGGAGGUAGUACGGUCUUUGGUGGAAAAGCUAGCGUCGAAACGUGGCGUUGCAUAGCUACGUUGAGGUCACACGAAGGGGAUGUUCUAGACCUCGCAUGGGCUCCUCACAAUCCCUGGCUAGCCUCUGCCUCUGUAGAUAAUAGCGUGAUUGUAUGGGAUGCUUCUAAAUUUCCUACGAUAGUUGCAGUAAUUAAAGGCCACACAGGAUUAGUGAAAGGUAUUACGUGGGACCCGGUGGGAAAAUACUUAGCUUCUCAAUCCGACGACAAAACAUUAAGAGUUUGGCGUACAACGGACUGGGCAGAAGAAGCACUAAUAACGGAGCCAUUUGACGAAUGCGGUGGGACUACUCAUGUUUUGAGGUUAUCAUGGAGUCCUGAUGGCCAGUAUCUUGUGUCCGCCCAUGCUAUGAAUGGUGGAGGACCAACGGCUCAAAUAAUUGAAAGAGAUGGGUGGACUCAAGAUAAAGAUUUUGUCGGACAUAGAAAAGCCGUGACGUGCGUAAGAUUCAAUGGCAAUAUUCUGCAGAAAAAGGUACCAGGUGCAUCGAAGCCGCAACAGCAUUGUUGCGUAGCAAUAGGAUCGCGCGAUCGCUCCCUCUCGGUGUGGCUGACAUCCCUUAAACGACCACUGGUGGUAAUUCAUGAGUUGUUCACUCACUCGGUGUUAGAUGCUAGUUGGUCUUCGUGCGGUCUGAGACUGGCAGCAUGUUCUUGGGAUGGCUCCGUCGUAUUCAUCGAGUUCACUCAACAGGAAUUGGGCCAGCCUUUGGAUGCAGCAGAAUUGAGCACGGUACACGAGCGUUUAUAUGGAAAACCAUUGGCCCAGGGGGGAUCGUUAGUGAUGGAAGCCCCGGAGCUUCUGAACUUAAAACCACCGGUCCCACCGUCUCAACCACCGGUGAUCCAGCCAGUAAUUAAUUCCGCGCCUCCACCAUCCACGUCCAUUGCUCUAGCAAAGGGACCCAUUAACAAACAAAUAGAAACCAGAACUUCGGAUGGCAAAAGGAGAAUCACCCCGAUGUUCAUCCCACCUCCACCCGACACGAUGGAUACUGCUAUAGGCGGAGGAUUAGGUACACCCACGUUUACCAGUACGUCACAGUCGAAGAGUACAAUCGUCAUCGAGAAGCGAGACGACGUUGUCACGCCGAACGUGAGUACAGCGGUGAACUCGGCUUCUGCAACCGUACCGUCGACGAUACACACGUUGAAACGUCGGGAACAAUCUACGCCGAAGCCUCACCACUCCACCCAGAGUAAACGACCUAAAGUAGUGUCAGAGAGGAGCGGAAGUCACGUCGUACUUCCCUCGUUGAAGCCGUCCAGUUCCUUGUCUCAACAGGCAGGACAUUACGCCGUGACUGUAACGAACAGCCAAGGACUCGCCCAUUUGCAAGUGUUCCGAGGAACGGACACGGAAGCGACGUGGGAUAUGUAUCUGGGAUACAACGCCGUGGCUCUAGCCGCUUCACCGGCUGUUGUGGCGUUAGGAUUGGAAGACGGCAGUGUUCACAUAUUUCACCCUGCCAAGGGCUCGCGGCCUUCUCCUCCUCUAGCUCCUCCAGCUCCUCUGGCCAAGGUUCACGCGGUUGGAAACACGGUUAUGGUAGUUUCAUGUUGCGGUGCGAUACGUGUCUGGGAAAUUGGGAGUUCUUGUCGUCUCAUCGUGUCCACUUCGGCUAGUCACUUGGCAGCUCAUGGAGCGUCGUUGCUGUCGUGCACCCUUCACAACGGAAUGCCACAUCUGGCAUUCUCGAACGGACGAGCGUACAUCUACCACAAGGAAAUGGCGACUUGGUUACUGAUCGGUGACAGCCACGAUCCUGUCUGGCGGUGGUCCUCGCAAAUCGCUUUCAGCACCACUGGAUCGAGGACACCUCGGGGUCCCCUCUCUUCGUUGCAGGAGGGCCUGCGAAGGACGUCUGGAAGCUCUCUACCGAAUCCGAGGCUACCUCAUAGCGGUCCUAGCGUAGUUUCUUAUUUGGAGCAACAGCUUCUUGCCUCGAAAGCUCUUGGUAGCUCACAGGAAUACGUGCAUUGGCUCAUGGCAUUGGUGUCCUUUCUGCUCACCCAAGAUGGAUUAGAGAAACGCUUGAGGUUAAUACUCGAUGACUUAAUGGGUCCGAGUCAUGGAUGUGCUUCGAAAAGCACAUGGGAGUCUGCAAUCCUGGCGAACGUUUGCUCUUCUUUUAGGGGAUCAAAAAGCACAAACUACUGGGAGAUGUUUUAGGGGUGAUCGGUGGCCAUCUCAGGUGGCAGAGACUGUACUUGGAGUACUCCGAACAACUAAUGACAAUUAAGGAGUUGUGAAACGAAAAUUGGUACAUUAAUGCAAGUAUAGACGGCAAGCGAUUACGAACGAUAACGUGCAUACGCAUUUCUACGUGAAUUGUACAUUUAGUUCUAAUUUUUCAUGAAGAUUGUACAAAUUUUUCUAUCUCGUCGCGAAGUGAGCAAAAUAAAUUAUUAAUUUACGAAGUUUAGGUAAA